GCCGGGUAUUGGCCUCCUCAUUGAGAACGGACCUCGUUUCGUAGCUUCUUGCGCCACGUUGCCAAGCUACUCCAGGGGCCGCGUCAUCGUCGGGAGCCGUGCCGACAUGCAGGACAACAGGUUCUACAACAGUGGCAUCGGCAGUGUCGACUGG